AUGUCCGACAGUGACGUCCUGCAGGCAUCCGACAUCGAGCCACUGAUCCGGAAUGGGAUACAGGCCACCGUCCAUGGCGAUUGGAACGAGGAGGAGGCCCUGGUCUGGCAGGAGGGGAUCGGUACCGCCUGCCUGAAGCUGCUCGCGGGCCUAGCCCGGCCCUACAAGUUUGCCGUCACCACCCACCUCAGCCAGCGAGCGGGGGCGGGGCUCUGCUCCGCCACGGCAGCCCACUGGAACCCCAACACAGACGGACACACCGCUGUGAUCUGGACCUCGGACACCGUCUUUGUUUGCGUGACGGUCUUCUGGUCGGCUGUGUGA